AUGGCGGAAUGUGAUUCUCAUCCUUUUCGGCAUCUAAGAGAUAAAAUAGAGCUUCCAUUGGUUAUCACCAUGGAUGACAGAGGAAUGCCUGACUCUCAGAUAAUAGUCCACGAUCUUGAAGUGAUUCAUGAGAAUGAAACAUUACAGAACAAUAAUUCGUAUGGAUCCUCGAUAUUUGCUUCCGAACAGUUUGCAGAUGGUAAUGGUACUUUAUUGGAUUCUAGUUCUUCAGACUGGUUUACGGGUAUUGGAGUCGACAUGGAUCGAGCCAGUGAUCUUCUUUAUGGAUUCUCAAUAUAUCCUGAGCCAACCAAAAGUGGAAUCAUUGAGCAUGCAUUUUUUGCCAUGGAAGAGUUGUCAAAGAUAGGCAUUGCAGGGCAACCUUUUUGGCAGCGCCAAGGAAAUACUAGGUGUGAGAUUUUGAAUGACAUUGAAUAUUUGAGGCAAUUUGGUCAGGUUGAGACCACGCUGAGGGAGAUUGUUAAGUUGAUGGAGGUUGGAGAACCUCAAUAUUUACCAAGCUUUGGCACAUAUCACACUGAGGAUCCACUAUCAAUUGUAACUCCCACAGUAGGUCCACAAACUGAAGGUUCAAGAGAUAUAGCAUAUAUCAAAAUGGCGCCAAUCUGCAUUGUUGAAUUACUCAUGAAUGUGGUCAGCUUUUUCUUUCAUCCUUUUCAUUGUUCAUGCAUACCAGUCACAGUAUAG